AUGGCAGACGGCACACCUGUAUCGGAAUCGCAGACUUCGAACAAGGACAGUAGUACCGGCGGUGGGACGAGCGACCCUUCAUCGAACCCAAGUGCUUUCUUAGCACCUUCCGACUUCCUUCCUCGAUUACCUCCAUCGACUGAAACGCCAACCUCCCUAGAUCCCCAGCAGCAGCAGCCUGAGGCCGACGCAGCGCAAAGCAAUGGCGGAGCGGUAACAGCAGCGGGGACGGGGACAGCCACGAGCACGAAGCCUCUAGUAGAUGCGCAAGGUCGCACGCUGAACCCGAGAUCGUGCGUGACGUGCAGACGUCGCAAGGUCAAGUGUGACAAGAUAAACCCGUGCACGAAUUGCAAUCGGGCGCAUGUAGAAUGUGUCUUUCCAGCGCCUGGGCGCGCUCCCAGGAAAGCGCGAAAGAUUGGAGAUGGCCGGGACAAAGAGCUGCUUGAAAGACUUCGAAGGCUGGAGGGCGUAGUCAAGGGCAUGGGCGUGGGCGUAGAACACGACGAUGACGACGAGGCCAAUGCCAACAAGGGCGAUGCGCCGCUUCAUGGAAGACCAGGUGCCGUUGCAGCGACCAGAGACCCAGACGAGCUGUUCCGACAUAAGACUGCAUGGGUUGAAGAGCAGCAGAAAGGCCGCUUUGAGAACAGGUUCGGCCGGCUUGUGGUCAAUGAGGGCAAGUCGCGCUAUAUCAACAAUUCAUUCUGGGCAAACUUGAGCAAUGAGGUCGAAGAUCUGAAAGGCAUCCUGAACCAAUCGAGCGAUGACGAAGAGGACAAUCUCACAGCUUCACCUGCAUCGAAUUCCCAACACCCCCCGAGCACUCACCAUGCCUUUGUCUUCGGCUUCACUUCGCAAACCGCAGAUCUCCUCAAUCUUCAUCCUUUACCCGGUCAGAUCAGAGAAUAUUGGGAUAUCUACAAGGACCGUGUAGACCCACUGGUCAAAGUGUUACACAUUCCCAGUCUGGAGCCGACGAUUCUGAGUGCUGCAUCUCAUCUUGCAAACCUGUCGAGGGGCUUCGAGUGCUUGCUAUUUACCAUAUACUAUGGCGCAACGACCAGUCUGUCGGCGCACGACUGCCUGAUCAAGCUGGGUGAAGAGAAGGCGGUCUUGCUGGCACGAUAUCGAUUCGCCAUCGAACAAGCUCUGGCCCGGGCAAACUUCCUCACUACAGAAGAGCUCGUGGUUCUGCAAGCAUUCGUGGUGUUCCUGAUCUGUCUUAGACGAAAUAGCGAUGCCAGAGUCAUCUGGACCUUGACUGGUCUAGUCGUCCGCAUAGCCCAGACCAUCGGCAUACAUCGCGAUGGCUCGCACUUCGGUCUGUCGCCUUUCGACGUUGAGAUGCGGAGAAGAUUGUGGUGGCAAUUAUGCAUUCUCGACACCAGGGCCAGCGAGGAUCACGGAUGUGAUCCCACAAUCGUUGAGCAGUCUUUCGAUACUAAGAUGCCACUGAACCUCAAUGAUGUUGACAUUACACCAAACAUGAAAGAAUUUCCACCAGAGCAGAAAGGAUGUACCGACAUGUCUUUCUGCUUACUCCGCUUCGAGGUUGCCAACACUUUCCGAAGAAUCAACUACAUUCCACCUGGCCCACCAAAGGCAUGCAACGAGUUCUACCAGUCCGUCACCCUUGAAGACAAGGAGCGAUGGAUCACCGAGUGUCAUAAGCGGCUGGAAGAGAGAUACCUAAAGCAUUGCGAUAUGAGCAUCCCGCUUUUCUGGGUGACAGCAACAGUCGCCCGUCUGAUGAUGAGCAAGAUGUGGCUGAUGGUCUAUCAUCCGUUUCAACGCCAAGACGGCGGCGCCUCGCUCUCUGAAGAUGUCAAGGAGAAGCUUUUCAUCACCAGUCUGGAAAAUAUGGAGUACAGUUUACUCCUGGAAAGCGAAGCAAGGACCAUGAAGUGGGGUUGGUUGUUCAGGACGUACAUUCAGUGGCAUGCCCUCGCAUUCACGCUAUCAGAACUUUGCCACCGUACCACUGGCGAGAUGGUUGAGCGAGCAUGGCGAGCGGUUGAUAGAACUGUCGAUGGCCGCUGGGGUCUCAAUCUCCAGGAUGAGACAAAUGUUGGCCAUCUAUGGCGACCGCUGAAGAAGCUAUAUCGGAAGGCUAAAGACGCUCGCACACGUGGCUUG